AUGUCACCUAUCGCCAUUGCCGACGCACCCGCGCCCUCUGCGGCUGUGUCAAAGCUCACUCUCGACGAGAAGAUCUCUCUCCUGUCUGGCCGCACUUUCUGCGACACCGCCGAGAUCCAGCGCCUCGGCAUCCCCUCGGUCAAGGUCUCGGACGGCCCCUCUGGAUGCCGCGGUCAGCUCAUGUUCGACGCGCUGUCGUCUGCCGUCUUCCCCAACUCGUCCUCCCUCGCUUCGACCUGGAACCCCGACCUCAUCGAGUCUGUCGGCGUCGAGCUGGGACACGAGUGCAAGCUCAAGUCCGUGCAGACUCUGCUCGCACCCACCGUCAACCUGCACCGCGACCCUCGCGGCGGCCGCAACUUUGAGUGCUACUCCGAGGACCCCAUUCACACUGCCGUCAUUGCCGCAGCAUACGUCAAGGGUAUUCAGAGCACUGGUGUUGGAACCUGUGUCAAGCAUCUCGUGUGCAAUGAGAGGGAGACUCGCCGCAAGCUCUACGACGUGGAGAUCUCCGAGAAGGCGCUCCGCGAGGUGUAUCUCCGCACAUGGGAGAUCAUCAUCAAGGAGGCUCAGCCCUGGUCGGUCAUGACAGCUUACAACGACUUGAAUGGCAAGCCGUGCUCGGAGCACGACGAGGUGAUCCGCAUCGUUCGCGAGGAGUUUGGAUUCGAGGGUAUGGUCAUGAGCGACUGGUUCGGUACGAAGGAUGGCGUCAGGUCGCUUACUGCCGGCAUGGACCUGGAGAUGCCCUUCCCCGUGCAUCGCCGUCGCCAGCUUCCUGGAGCCCUCGCCAAGGGCGAGGUCAGCGAGGAGGUGGUCGACCGCGCAGUCCAGCGCAUGCUCCAAUGGAUCAAGCAGACCAACCCCCCUCUCAACCGUCCCGAGGAGCGUCCGUUCGACAACAACACCCACCGCAUGGAGGUGGCCCGCCAGGCCGCUACCGAGGGUCUUGUGCUCCUGCGCAACGACCAGAACGUCCUGCCCCUUCGCAAGACUCCGGGCUCUAAGCUCGCCGUCAUCGGAUACUUUGCCCAGAACCCGACCCUCUGCGGUGGUGGUUCAGCGUCCGUCGAGCCUCCCUACCGUACCAUCCCCCUCGAGACCAUUCGCAAGGCCGCCCCCGAGGUGGAGGUUACCCACCACGCUGGUGUUCCCAUCUGGCGCAUCGUCCCCGUGGUUGACAAGCGCCUUGCCAGCUCCAUUCAGUUUACGCUCUUCAACAAGGGCGAGGAGAAGCCCGUUUACCAGGGCAAGCGCGAAAAGUCGGCCUUCUCUCUUCUGGACGAGAAGAUCCCCGCCCUUGGCGACCAGUUCACCAUCGAGCUCGAGUGCGAGGUGACUGCCCCGACCACCGGUCGUUACGUGCUCGGCGUCUUUGCCGUCGGCACCACCGAGAUCUUCGUCGACGGCAAGAGCCUCGCCACCUUUACUCCCGCCCACAUGUCCACCGAGCAGUUCAUCUUCAACCGCUUCGACUACGAGGAGCGCUUCGAGCUCGACCUCACCGCGGGUAAGACCUUCACCAUCAAGGUGGUGUCGCAGUCCAAGACCGCCGAGGGCUUCGAGCCCGCUCCCCAGGGCCUCAACCUCGGCCUCACCGAGGUCAUUGACGAGGACGCUGAGAUUGCUGGUGCCGUCGAGAUUGCCCGCUCGGCCGACCAGGUCGUGCUCUUCACUGGCCUCAACGGCGAGUGGGAGAGCGAGGGCUCGGACCGCGCGGACAUCCACCUCCCCCGUAGCCAGGAGAAGCUCGUCAAGGCCGUCCUCGCUGUUCGCAGCGACGUCGUCCUCGUCAACCAGUCCGGCUCCGCCAUCGACCUCGAAUUCUGCGAGUCGAUCCACGGUAUCGUCCAGGCCUUCCUCGGCGGCAUGGAGGGCGGCAAUGCUAUCGCCGACACUCUCUUCGGCGACGCCAACCCCAGCGGCCGCCUGAGCAUGACCUUCCCCAAGCGCCUCGAGGACCACGCGUCCUACGAGUCCUUCACCAACGAGGUGGACGGUCGCCUCGUGUACACAGAGGACAUCGAGUUCGGCUACAGGUCGUACGAGAAGAACGGCGUCGAGCCAGCCUACCCCUUCGGCUACGGCCUGUCGUACACCGACUUUGACUGGUCGGCCAGCAAGCUCGUAUCGAGCGACCCCGCCGCCGCCGUCGUCACCACGACCGUGACCAACUCGGGAACCGCGGCCGGCCGCGACGUCGUGCAGCUGUACCUCUCGCCUCCCGGCGGCACCCGCAAGCUCGCCGCGUUCGGCAAGACUCCGCAGCUCGAGGCUGGCGCGUCGCACACUCUCACCCUCUCGAUCGACAAGCGCGAGUUUGAGAGCUGGAACGGCAGCGGCUGGGAGAUUGCCCCCGGAAAGUGGACCGUGUCACUCUGCCGCAAUGCCCGCGACGUCGAGUGGACUGCCGAGAUUGCUCUGUAA